AUGUCUAACCCCAUCAUUCGUCGAAAGAAGAAUGUCAAGAAGGGAAUCCAGUUCUCCCUCAUGGUCUGCGGGGCAUCAGGAACCGGCAGAACCACCUUCGUCAACAUGCUGUGCGGCCGCAGGGUCCUAGAUCACAAAGACGCAGAUGAACCAAGCAGCGCCCACGCAGAGCACGGGCUAGAGAUCAAGCACAUAACCACUGGUAAAUUCACAAGUCCUCGCAUGUUGGUAGGCGCGAGGUUAACUUUGAUCGGCGAUCCAGAGGUAGAGCUAGACGAGGAGCACACCUGCGUCUCCCUUACCGUCGUUGAUACGCCUGGUUUUGGAGACGACAUUGACAAUGAGGCCAGCUUCUCCAAAAUCCUCGAAUAUCUCGAACGACAGUAUGACGACCAUUUCGCGGAGGAAACGCGCAUCAAACGCAAUCCUCGCUUCAAGGACAAGAGGGUCCACGCCAUGCUCUACUUCAUCACGCCGACAGGCCACGGCUUGCGCGAACUCGACAUUGAGCUCAUGAAGCGGCUCGCUCCGCGCGUCAACGUCAUUCCCGUCAUUGGCCGCGCCGAUUCCCUCACCUCCGUCGAGCUAUUGCAAUCCAAAAAGUUGAUCAUGGAGGACAUCGAGCACUACCGCAUUCCCAUAUACAACUUCCCCUACGAUGUCGAGGAAGACGACGAGGAGACAAUUGAAGAAAACACGGAGCUGCGGGGCAUGAUGCCGUUCGCGAUUGUCGGCAGUGAAGAAGUCGUUGAGAUCCAUGGCCGGAGAGUCCGCGCCCGACAAUACCCCUGGGGAAUCGUGGAGGUUGAUAACCCAAAGCACUCGGACUUUCUGGCCGUCCGAUCAGCGCUGUUACACAGUCACCUGUUGGACCUGAAAGAGAACACGUACGAUUUCUUGUACGAGAACUACCGCACUGAGAAGCUCUCGAAUAUCAUCAAUGACGGUGACGGAGGGAGGUCGCCCAUGUCUACAGAAGACCUGGUUUCUCGGUCGAUGCGCCUGAAAGAACAGCAGCUCCGGAAAGACGAACAGCACUUGCGCGAAGUCGAGAUCAAGAUUCAGAGGGAGAUAGAAGAGAAGCGGCAAGAGCUGCUGGCUCGUGAAGCCCAACUGCGCGAUAUGGAGGCCCAAAUACAACUGGCUGAACGGGUUGCCGGGGUUGGUGUGACUCAGACAGACGAUGCUGGUGAUAGGUAG